GCGCAGCGCUGAGUCAGCUGAACCAACCCGGAAGGAAAACAAACUGCAGAGCGCAGACGCAGCAGCAGCCUGAGCUCGCGCAACGGACCCACAAACAAACUGGAUUUUGAAAUAACUUUUAUUUUUGUUUUUGUUUGUGUUGUUUUCGCGGGAAGUCACACGUCUACGUCACCGGACAGGUGUAAACAGCACGAGCCCCACCGGAGCGCGAGAGGCUGCAACGGGGUGACCAACGCGGAAGUUCAGGACGGAAGGAAGACUUUCUGUUCAGACGUGUUUCUGAGUGAUGAAGAGGAGCCGGGUGCUCGCCGUGCUGGUGGGCGGAGUCUUCAUUGUGGCGGUGAUGUCACUAAACCGCAUGCUGGAGCUGAUGCAGGGGGCGGGGCUUAAACAGCGCGGGGAGACACCUGCUGGACAGGUGCACGACGAUUUGUCCCACCUCCAGCAGAAGAUUGACAGGUUGGAACAUCUCCUUAGCGACAACAACCGCCUGGUUGCUACGCUGCGUGACUCUUUGCUCCAACGCAAAGCACCAUGGGAAACAGGAGCAAGGGCCAAUGUGAGCUCAGACUCCGCCCACGGACAAACCGACAGGCUGCCCGGCUGCCGAUUGGCAGACGAGCCGAAGGACGGGGCUAACGGCGUGCAGCUGCUGGAUGUUUACGACCUCCUCCCGUUUGAUAAUCCUGAUGGCGGCGCCUGGAAACAAGGUUUUGAGAUCCGUUACCAAGGCAACGAGUGGGACGAGCAGCCGCUGGAGCUUUUUCUGGUUCCUCAUUCGCACAACGACCCCGGCUGGUUGAAGACAUUUGACAGUUAUUAUCAGGAUCAGACCAAACACAUCCUCAACAACAUGCUGAUCAAACUGAGUGAAGACAGCAGGAGGAAGAUGAUUUGGGCAGAAAUCAGUUUUUUCUCUAAAUGGUGGAACGACAUCGACGAUCAGAAGAGAGAAAUCGUUAAACGUCUGUUGAGGGCGGGGCAGUUGGAGCUGGUGACGGGCGGCUGGGUGAUGGCGGACGAAGCGAACUCUCAUUACUUCGCUCUGUUGGAUCAGCUGAUCGAGGGACACCAGUGGAUCCAGCGACACCUGGGUGUGAAGCCAAGCAGCGGUUGGGCGGUGGAUCCGUUUGGCCACUCCCCCUCCAUGACCUACCUGCUGAAGGGGGCGGGGCUUCGGGACAUGGUCAUCCAGCGCGUUCACUACGCUGUCAAGAAGCACUUCGCCAAGCAACAGACGCUGGAGUUUCUAUGGCGACAGAGCUGGGACUCCUCCUCCCGUAGUGACAUCACGUGUCACAUGAUGCCCUUCUACAGCUACGACGUACCGCACACGUGCGGUCCGAACCCGGCCAUCUGUUGUCAGUUUGAUUUCCAUCGCCUGCCGGGGGGGCGUGUCUCCUGUCCGUGGAGGAUACCGCCACAGCCAAUCACAGAGCAGAAUGUCCAGGAGAGAGCUCUCCUCCUGUUGGAUCAGUACCGCCAGAAGUCUCGUCUCUUUCAUUCUCCGGUUCUUCUCGUUUCGCUCGGUGACGACUUUCGAUUUGUGGAGUCGAGCGAGUGGGACGCUCAGUUCAGUAACUACCAGAAACUCUUCGACUACUUCGACCAACACCCGGAGCUCCACGUCAAGGCUCGUUUCGGGACUCUGUCAGAUUACUUCAAAGCCCUUCGUCGCCGUUUGACCGCAGCAGGAACAACUCUGCCGACGCUUCGCGGCGACUUCUUCACGUACUCCGACCGUGACGAUCAUUACUGGAGCGGAUACUUCACCUCCAGACCAUUCUACAAACGCCUCGACAGAACACUGGAGGCCACGCUCAGAGCGACAGAAAUUCUCUUCAGCCUGACGACGGCUGAAAUGCGCCGUUACCGUGGUGAUGGUCAUCUGGUUGCAGAUUUCCCAGCACACCAACACUUCCAGCGCCUGACGACAGGGAGGCGGAGCCUGGCGCUGUUCCAGCACCACGACGGUGUCACCGGCACUGCCCGGGACCCUGUUGUGGUGGACUAUGGCACCAGAUUGUUUCACUCGAUCCUGAACCUGCGCCAGGUGCUGCAGAGCUCCGCCCACUGGCUGCUCCUAUUGGACAAGAGCCAGUACCACUACGACCAAUCAAAACCCUUCCUGAAAAUGGAUGAUGUCAUCUCGGCGCAGGACGCUCUGCCCCAGAAGACGUUGCUCACGCUCAGCGAUGAGCCCAGGUCAUUGAUCAUCUUUAACCCGACAGAGCAGCUCCGUACGUCCGUCAUCAGCAUCGUCGUCGACUCUCCUGACGCUCGCGUUGUUGAUGCACAGACGGGUCAACCGAUGACUGCGCAGAUCUCUGCGGUGUGGGAGGAGCCAACUCUGGCGUCCGCAGAAGAUUUCCAGCUCGACUUCGUGGCUCAACUUCCUCCUCUUUCACUCGUUGUGUAUCAUGUGACCAAAGCUUCUGUUGGCUCUGCCAACCGGGCUCGCUACACCUUCCAUCGCCGUGGCAACCCGCCGACCAUCCAAACCGAACACUUCCAGGUGUCCCGCCCGGAAGGACCUGACACUGACGCCCCCCUGUCGCUUAGCAACAAGCACGUCCAAAUAUGGAGCUCCUCAGAGACCGGCCUGCUGCAGAAGCUCCGCCUACAGUCCGGUCUGGUCCGUCAGGUCCAGGUCCAGUUCCUGUGGUACGGAACCACAAGGAACCGAGACAAGAGCGGAGCUUACCUGUUCCUGCCAGGGGAGGAGGGGGCCCAGCUCUACUCCUCCUCAGAACCACCCCUGGUUCGGGUCUCCAGAGGUCCAGUCUUCUCUGACAUCACUUCCUGUUUCCGGCACUUUACGCACAGAGUCCGACUCUACCACCUGGAGGGGCAUGCUGGGAAGUCCCUGGAGAUUUCCAACAUGGUGGACAUCAGGUCAGAGGUCAACCGGGAGCUCGCCAUGAGGAUCGUCAGCAAUGUUGCCAGCGGCAACCGCUUCUACUCCGACCUCAACAGUUUCCAGAUGCAGCAGCGGCGCACUCUGGCGAAGCUCCCCCUGCAGGCGCACUUUUACCCCAUGACCUCGGCGUCGUUCCUGCAGGACGAGACAUCUCGAGUGUCUCUGCUGUCGGCUCAGAGUCAGGCUGUCGCUUCGCUCCGACCAGGUGAACUGGAGGUGAUAUUGGACCGGCGGCUGCAGCAGGACGAUAACCUCGGCCUCGGUCAGGGCAUCACCGACAACAAGCUGACAGCGAGUCUCUACCAGCUGCUGUUGGAGGACAGGAGGGGCGGGGCCCAGGAAGUGGGAGGAGCCUCAGUACAACACCUGUCCCUGCUCGCCCACCUGACCUCGCUCUCCCUCUGCCACCCGCCAAUCACCAUGGUCGCCACUAGCGACAGCCAGCUGCCGAAGCUCCGCCCCUUCCUGCCGCUCCAGUCCUCGCUGCCGUGUGACGUUCACCUGCUGAACCUGAGGACGCUGGAGGACACACAGGAAGCAGGAAGUCCGUCACAGGAAGUGGCUCUCCUCCUCCACAGGAAGGGCUUUGAUUGUAGCUCCGCCCCCGAGCCGCCGCUGCAGUGCUCGUGGAGCGCGCACGAGGAGGUGAACCUGGACGAUAUUUUCUCUCCUCUUCAGUUCAGUUCUGUCCGUCAGUCGGGUCUCACUCUGCUGCGAGAAGACGACGAGCCUGAAUCCGCCCGGCCACAGCGGGCGCCACACGUCGCUCGCCUGCGGCCGAUGGAGAUCAGCGCUUUCCGUGUGGAGAUCGGCUAAAAAACCGGCAGCUAAAAGUCCAAAUUCAACCAAAACUCUGUCACACAAAAACACACGAGGGCAAAAAUCUAAAGCCGCCAAACAGCCGGUGAACAGCCGGUGAAAUGCUAAUUAUGAAUUUGAUCAUUAAUAAUCAAUCAAAUGCUGGAAGAACAAAUAAAAAGGGAAACACAGAGAAGACAAAUUAUAAAAACAUUUAGACAAUAAAAACGGAGCAUAUUUGAUUGUUACAGCUGCAGAGGUCAGUCGGGGUUAAAGGUCAAAUAUUCAGGGAAUCAGGGAACAAACGGGUCAGUCUAAAGGUCAAAGGUCAACCACACAAAUACAGAUUUUGUAUAAAUGAAGAAAAAUAGAAAACACUGAACUUGUUUGCGUAUGAACACUAACGACACAGCUGAGGUUGCUACGGCAACAAGAAGGGACCCAACAAGCGGUUAGCUCGUUGUUCAGUGAAUGUUUUUAAUUGUGAGAAAUCCUCCAACUGCUGUUUGCUUUGUUUACGGACUUUUUUUUUUUUUUUUUCCGUUAAAGUCUCCAUGAAACAGGAAGUAGAGAGUUGUUAGUGUUUCCUGUAAAAACAGGAAGUAGUGAGGGAGUUGUCCCAGAUAUUGAUUGGCG